AUGAAUAAGAUAAUAUUUAUAAAACUAUUUAAUUUUAGAUUAAUUAGAGAUUUAAUAUUUGAAUAUGUUAGAGUAAUAUCAAAGCAGAUUGUAAAGAGUGAUAUGCUAAACACAUUGAAAUGGCAUCAAGUCAUAACGAUACCACAUCAAAUGGUUGCAUAUGGAUACUUUGAUCAAUUAAAGGAAUUUUACGAUGUAUGGCGUGCCGCUGCAAUGUCGAUACAGGUCAAUAGAAUCGAUAUUCUCAAGUUCUACAUCGAUCAAGUUAAGAUACCAACCGAUACGAGUACAUUGAUGAUCUAUGUUGCCAAGUAUGGACGUUUGGAGAUGAUGGAGUACUUACACUGGCGAGUACGUGAUUCUGGUUGGGAUUACCGAGACGCUCUAAAAAUGUCGCCAAACAGCAAGAAUUUUGAAGUUUUUAUAUGUUUCUUAAAGAAAUACUUGGCAAGUCAACAACAUUUAGGAUCUGACGACAGCCACCCAUUUUAUAGUUUAGAUAAUACCUUGAAGAUCACGUUUGAAUGUGCAUUGGAGGCUGGUCAGUUGGAAAUCAUGGAUUAUUUGUACAAUAAUUAUAACAUCGAUAUUCAUUCAGAGAAAAUAGUAGCGAUCCCACUUAAAGUUGGUGAUACCAGGUUAAUGGAGUGGCUGAUAGAUAGGAAUGUAGAUAUUUGGGGAUUAUACAGAGAUUGUUGUAUUCUAGAUCGAGCUCUUCUCUAUGGUAAUCUCGAACUUGGUAAGUGGAUCCAUGAGAAGCAUACUGGCAGCAGUAUCGAUACUGUCAUUGCAUCAGCGAAUGCAAUGGAUAAUGCAGUCCUUAGUAGAAGACAGGAUAUAGUUGAAUGGCUACACUAUAAUAGAAGUGAAGGUUGUACGCCUAGUGCUAUGGAUUAUGCUUCAUCGAUUGGAUCAAUCACUAUGCUGCAAUGGUUCCAUUGUAAUAGAACUGAAGGAUGUACAUUCUUGGCGUUAGACAAUGCAACUCAAAUGGGUAAUAUCGAUGCAGUUCGAUGGCUUCACGAGAAUCGUACUGAAGGUUGUUCAAUUAAUUCCUAUAUCAAUAGUAUUAGAAUGAAUUAUCUAGAGAUCUUUAAAUUCCUUCUAGAGAAUCGCUCGGAUUUCCCAAAAGAGAAAAUAGCGUCACUUAUAAUAUAUACAUUAAGAUAUUCAACCGAGUUUCUAUCUUACUUUUACGAAAACUAUCACUACACUGUAAACGAAAUAGAUAGUCACAUCAGAAAGGCAAUCAGUAACUCAAAUCAAUAUCAAUUAAAAUGGUUACUCAAACGACAUAUCGAUUUAUUCAAACAAAAUAAUAAUAAUAAUAAUAAUAAUAAUAAUGUAGAUAAUCUCAAUCGACUUGAUAUUUAA